GAAACACGCUUAGACGGGCGCCUGGACGAGAUUAAUCGAAUCCCCACACUGAAAAUGGCUUCCAUUGACUUUAUAACGUUAACUGGUGACAGCGAGAAAAAACAAGCGGGAGAGAAAGCAGAGAGUGGCAAUGAAGUGGAAAACCAGGACCUGUCAGAGGAGGAAGGAGGCGACGGGAAGGCAGAGGCCAGUUUGUCGAAGCUCAUGGUCACCGUGACCUCAGCUAAGACCAAGAAAAAGAAACACAGGCAUCGCAGCAAACACAAGAGGCACAAGCAGUCUUCACCUGAGGACAAGGAGCGACGCCAUAAGCACCGGCACAAGCACAAAAAGCACAAGCGUAAAGACUACCCCUUGACUGACAGCUUCCCCACCGGGGGCGACGACAACGCUUUCCCAUACUCUUCCUCCGACAAGCUGCCGAGACUGGAAGACGAUGAGAUGGCGCUUCUGGAGGAGCUGGAGAAACAGAGGGCCCUGAUCCAAGCUGAGCUAGACAGGGAAAUGACUGAGGGUGGCAGGGGGGUACAGUCGGGCAUGGGGCUCAUACUCCAGGGAUACCACUCUGGGGAGGAGGAGGAUGGGGAGAUUCAGGGGGAGAGGAUGUGCAACGGGCAGCACUUGCGGAGAGGGGCAACGGGGCCCGUGGCUGGCUCAGGCUCGCAGACUGCUAAAGACACCGGUAGAGUCCAGCGAGAGUCGACAGACGCCGGCAAAGCUAAGCAGAACAAUCCCAAUAAAAACGGCAGGAAGAGAAAGAUGGACGGCAAAACCAAGGAUCAGAUGAGCGGACUGAGCACGUCCAGGGAUAGAGACAACAGGAGACAUUCCAGGAGUGCAGAUUGCUUCAAAGAAAGGGCACGGGCGUCCAAGUCUCCUCCUGGCACUAGCAACCAGCCUUCCCUGCCGGCUCAAAGCAGAGAGGCCCAAAACCAGGACAAACACAAGAAGGCGAUCAAGUCCCCCGCCAAGGACGCUUCCCCUGGGAAUGAGAACUGCUCUCCUGGCCUACGAGGGAGGCCGCCAUGCCCCGCCUCCCAGCUGCAGCGCAGCAAGUCCCCAUCACAGUCCCAGGACCCCCGGGCCUCCUCCGGAGCAGAGCGACGGGCCAGGUCACCGCCACCACCCAGAGGGGGCCACCCGAGCUCCCCAGAGGGUCAAAGGAGAGAGGUGGACCGACUGAGACUCUCACCUGGCAGGAUUCGGAGCCAGGACGAAGCAGGGGGCCGUAGGGAUGCCAGCGCAGCUCUAGGUGCCCGACGACGGCUCAGCCGCUCACCAUUCAGGCGGAGGUGUUGCUCUCCCAGGAGACGCAGCAGGUCUCCAUUCAGGAGGAGGUCAUUGGAUCGGGACAGGAUGGGACGGAGGCCGCAGUGGGGUUCCCGAUCCCAGGAGGGGAGGCAGAGACUGAGCCGGGACAGAGAGGACAAGUUCAAGGGCAGCCUCUCGGAGGGAAUGAAGGUCGACAAGGAGGACUCUGAAGAUGAAGUGAUGGAAGAUUACGAUGUGGAUGAGGACGACGAGGAGGCUCUCAUCGAACAGAGGAGGCUACAGCGUCUGGCCAUCGUCCAGAAGUACAAGGGAGGGAACGAGGACAGUACCAUGUCGGAGCCCGGCAGCCCGCAGAGCAGCCAACGCAGCCGCUCGCCCUCGCCAGACGACAUCCUGGAACGUGUGACGGCCGACGUCAAAGAGUACGAGCGGGAAAACAUGGACACCUUUGAAGAAAACAUCAAGGCUAAGCACAACCUCAUCGAACAGGAGAAAGAUGGAACCAACCCCAAAAAACCCUCCGCCCCCGACAUGUUUACUGAAUCGGAUGACAUGUUCGCCGCCUACUUUGACAGUGCAAGGUUUCGAGCAGCAGGUAUCGGGAAGGACUUUAAGGAGAACCCCAACCUCCGAGACAACUGGACAGACGCAGAGGGAUAUUACCGACUCAAUAUCGGGGAGAAACUGGACAAGCGGUACAGUGUGUACGGCUACACGGGGCAGGGCGUGUUCAGCAACGUCAUCCGAGCCCGUGACGUGGCCCGCGCCAGCCAGGAGGUUGCUAUUAAGAUCAUUCGGAACAACGAGCUCAUGCAGAAGACUGGGCUCAAGGAGCUGGAGUUCCUGAAGAAACUCAACGAUGCCGACCCUGACGACAAGUUCCACUGCCUGCGCCUCUUCCGACACUUCUACCACAAGCAGCACCUCUGCCUGGUUUUCGAGCCUCUCAGUAUGAACCUGCGCGAGGUGCUGAAGAAGUAUGGCAAAGACGUGGGCCUCCACAUCAAGGCGGUGCGCUCCUACAGCCAGCAGCUCUUUCUGGCCCUGAAGCUGCUCAAACGUUGCAACAUCCUUCACGCCGACAUCAAACCUGACAAUAUCCUGGUGAACGAGUCGAAAACCAUCCUCAAGCUCUGCGACUUUGGUUCAGCGUCGCACGUGGCAGAGAAUGACAUCACUCCCUACCUGGUUAGCCGGUUCUACAGAGCGCCGGAGAUUAUCAUCGGGAAGCCUUACGACUACGGCAUCGACAUGUGGUCCGUCGGCUGCACUCUGUAUGAGCUGUACACGGGCAAGAUCCUUUUCCCAGGGAAAACCAACAACCACAUGAUUAAGCUCGCCAUGGACCUCAAGGGCAAGAUGCCCAACAAGAUGAUCAGGAAAGGUGUGUUCAAGGACCAGCAUUUUGACCAGAACCUCAACUUCCUGUACACCGAAGUAGACCGAGUUACUGAAAGGGAGAAGGUGACAGUGAUGAGCACCAUCAACCCCACCAAGGAGCUGCUGGCUGACAUGGUGGGCUGCCAGCGUCUGCCCGAGGACCAACGCAAGAAGGUGGCCCAGCUCAAGGACCUGCUGGACCAGACCCUUAUGCUGGACCCGGCCAAGAGAAUCAGCAUCAACCAGGCCCUGCAGCACCCCUACAUCCAGGAGAAGAUCUUCUGACCACUUUGUACUGUAUCCACUCACAGUCACGCAUUGAUUGCCGCAACCAGUACUGAGUCCUUAGUUGGACUAUGGUUGGACCCCCAUCCCAUCUGGCACUGCUAAUGGAGAGGAAGUAGUAUUAUCUUUCUUCCCCCGUUUGAACCACACACACACACUCUCCCGUUUUUCAUCGAUCUUCUGGAUUGUAUAAAUAACAUUAGUAGGGUUCCUAGCAGAAUGCCUGCUACACAGCAUAUGUUCAGUCUCAGCCUACCUGCAAGUCAAAUAGUUCUGUCUCCAUUAUAAACCCUCUAUCUCAUGGACAGUAAGCCACUCGAGUUGGACUUUCAUCCAAUCACAUUUUCCGUUUUUUUGAUUGGCCUCUUGCAGGUGACUGAAGGUAGAUGAUAUUUUUUGCUGUAAAAUUUGUAAAAUUCUGAUUGGGUUAAGUAAAAUGUUAAUUCUGAUUGUAGGGACGGGUUAGUCAAAUGUUAAUUCUGGUUGUUGGGAAGAGUUUUUGAGUUAACGGUCAUUCAUGAGUUGCCAAGGCUGUGACAAGCAGGGAGGGUAACCCAAUGCCCUUACCCUUUUGAAUGGGAUGUUCGUACAGUGAGUAGACUAAACUCCUGCAACCUUGGCAGCUCCUUUGACUUACUGUUACCUGUGAUGUGGUGCAGGGCCAGCAUAAAUGAUGUCUAUAUCCGCGUCUCUCCCAGGUAUUGAAAACCCCGAGCGCUCCCCUACCCACCCCGUCCCCACAUCCGGGUGUCUGUGCAGGCCCUGGUCCGCAUGCCCGUUCUGCUGCUGCCUGUAGGUCUGUCAGUGCCGAAAACCCAAACGGUUGGGGGGUCCUUGGGUUCUACUUGAGCACACCUGCAGGGAUGGCCCCUCAUGUUUAAAGCAGGUUGUAUACCACUUUCAGUACAUUGAAGGUAAGCUAUCCCCCCCCUCCUAGAAGAAAAAACUAAACUCAUCAACUUCAACUGGUUAUUUUUUUAUGUUUAUUUGUUGAUAUAUUACACAUGGUUUUAGCCAGAUGUCCCUGUAGACAUGGUUUACCUUCCUCCAGGGUAUCUCUUACAUGUCAAGAAACAUGGUUUCUAUAAGACAACUAUAUAUUUCUUAAGCAUAAAACAAAUCACUAUGGCAAAGAUUGGAUUUUAAAAAAAAAUCCAAAUCAGUCACACAUCCAAAUUGUAGAGAGGAAAUUGGAUCGGGGGGGGGGGGGGGGGGGGGGGCUUUAUCCAACAAGCUGUCACCUUCAGUGUACUUCUCUUAAUGCAACAGCUACGUUUUAUUUGCUCUACUGUGUAAUGAAUACCUUUUUUUUCUCUCUCUGCGUUCCCUUUACGGUGUUACGAUGUUAGAAACUGUGAGGAUAGCGAUCUUGCUACGUACACAAAAGCAUGUGUUGAAAUUGUUUCUAGGUGUGUUCUCUCUAAAAAAACAAAACAGAAUAAGACUUUGUAAGUGUUUUGUUUCCCUCUGCUAUCUGUCAUUGGUUUUCAUGUUUUGAAUGACCAUGUUGUCUUUUGAUACAGGGAUAUUCCUGCACUGAGCUUUGAGUCUGCUUGUUAUGAGCGGUAAUUGCCUCUACUUUAUUUGGUGUUAUAUAUAUAUGUUCUCAUAGGACCAAAGCAGAAAUAAAACAGCCUGAAUGAGUAGCUAAUGCACUAUGUAUGCCUUUUCCAUAAAAUGUCUUCCCUACAUACAAAUACCAAUGUUCAGGCCCCUUAGUGUCAACAAUGAACUGAAAUGCGUUCUGUUUAAAAUCCACCAAACCUAAACUAAGAAUACUUUGGUGUUCAGCAACUUUUAGGCUGGAAUCCAAACUUGAGAUCUGUGCGCCAAAAGUUGACACGUACAGAUCAAAAGUUAGGAUUCGGGCCCUUACAUGCUAGAUUUAGUUCAAACCAAAGGAGCAGAAGACAACAUCAUUUUUGUGUGCUGUUUCACUGACGCUGAUUGUUUGUGCUGUUUUUCCCCACAAUGAUGUUUCCUGUGGUGGCUGAGAGCGAGACAGUCCAGCACUUCCUUCUCCAGCCCGGGCUCCACUUUCAGAGAGACAAGACCUCCACAAGGCCACUUAUCAAGGUCAUUUCUGAUGGCAUGUGUAGAUACUAAAAGCCGUAACCUAUAGUAAUAAAUAGUCGUAAACUCGUAUAACUCCCAGCGACUCUAUUUAGUUGUAUAGCUCCCAGUUAAUUUGCCGAUAGUCAGCACCUCUACACUAAUGUUCUCUGGGGGUGCUCCAGCUUUUUAUUAGAUACUAAAAGCCAACAACACUGGGGUUAAUGUAAAAUACAAUAUGGGGAAUUCAUUUUGCUUACUGUUUUCCGGGAAGGCAUUUGUCAUAGACACUCACCCACACUCAACCAUUAAAAAGUUGUGGUUCCAAAUGUUUCCUUCUCACAAGAUGUUAAGGCUUGAUCGUUGUAUUCGUCUACACAUGACCGACACUUUCUGGUUAACAAAGUGUCAUUCCAAGCUGCACAUGUACCUGAGUGUGUUUGGUUACGCAUAUGGCUCUAAACUGGUUCCAGAUUGCCACAAGGCGUCAGAUAGCUUGACUUGUAACUAUCAAAGUUGAACCACCAGGCGUCAGGUAGCUUGACUUGUAACUGUCAAAGUUGAACCAAAAUACUUGUUCAUUAUUUCUCUAUAUGUUCUAGGUGCCGCCCUUUUAGAGAAGAGUCUCGCAAGGAACCUCCUCUGGACAAAGGUUUCUGUUCUGGAGAGAGUUACUGUAUUUGUAAAGGUGGACUCAUCAAUAUAACAUCGUCAUACAAAGCGGGGGAAAUUCUUGCAUACAGAAAUGAACAGCAGCAUUCAAAUCUUCUGAGGCUGACACUUGUUUCCCCAUGUGGGCAAAGCUCAAGGGAGGGUACAAAUUAGGAAGAGGCAAAUGUGUCAGUCUUGGCAGAUUUUUAUUCAAUCGUUGAUGUCUGUCAGCAGGAAGACAGGGCAUGUGUGAUGAUGUCAUUUUGCAUAAGUCAAUUGUUAGUAGACAUCUCAUGGCCUGACAUUUUCAAAUAUGCUAUCAGUAACUACUUCAGUUAUCAUAAUGAGUCACUAUUAGACACAUUGUUAUUAUAAUGAGUCAGUAUUAGACACAUUUACCAUAAUGAGUCAGUAUUAGACACAUUGUUAUUAUAAUGAGUCAGUAUUAGACACAUUUACCAUAAUGAGUCAGUAUUAGACACAUUGUUACCAUAAUGAGUCACUAUUAGACACAUUUACCAUAAUGAGUCAGUAUUAGACACAUUUACCAUAAUGAGUCAGUAUUAGACACAUUUACCAUAAUGAGUCAGUAUUAGACACAUUUACCAUAAUGAGUCAGUAUUAGACACAUUUACCAUAAUGAGUCAGUAUUAGACACAUUUACCAUAAUGAGUCAGUAUUAGACACAUUGUUACCCUAAUGAGUCGGUAUUAGACACAUUGUUACCCUAAUGAGUCGGUAUUAGACACAUUGUUAUUAUAAUGAGUCAGUAUUAGACACAUUGUUACCAUAAUGAGUCGGUAUUAGACACAUUGUUACCAUAAUGAGUCGGUAUUAGACACAUUGUUACCCUAAUGAGUCGGUAUUAGACACAUUGUUAUUAUAAUGAGUCAGUAUUAGACACAUUGUUACCAUAAUGAGUCGGUAUUAGACACAUUGUUACCCUAAUGAGUCGGUAUUAGACACAUUGUUAUUAUAAUGAGUCGGUAUUAGACACAUUGUUACCAUAAUGAGUCGGUAUUAGACACAUUGUUACCAUAAUGAGUCGGUAUUAGACACAUUGUUACCAUAAUGAGUCGGUAUUAGACACAUUGUUACCAUAAUGAGUCGGUAUUAGACACAUUGUUAUUAUAAUGAGUCAGUAUUAGACACAUUGUUAUUAUAAUGAGUCAGUAUUAGACACAUUGUUAUUAUAAUGAGUCAGUAUUAGACACAUUGUUAUUAUAAUGAGUCAGUAUUAGACACAUUGUUACCAUAAUGAGUCGGUAUUAGACACAUUGUUACCAUAAUGAGUCGGUAUUAGACACAUUGUUACCAUAAUGAGUCGGUAUUAGACACAUUGUUACCAUAAUGAGUCGGUAUUAGACACAUUGUUACCAUAAUGAGUCGGUAUUAGACACAUUGUUACCAUAAUGAGUCGGUAUUAGACACAUUGUUACCAUAAUGAGUCGGUAUUAGACACAUUGUUAUUAGAAUGAGUCGGUAUUAGACACAUUGUUAUUAGAAUGAGUCGGUAUUAGACACAUUGUUAUUAUAAUGAGUCGGUAUUAGACACAUUGUUACCAUAAUGAGUCGGUAUUAGACACAUUGUUACCAUAAUGAGUCGGUAUUAGACACAUUGUUACCAUAAUGAGUCGGUAUUAGACACAUUGUUACCAUAAUGAGUCGGUAUUAGACACAUUGUUAUUAGAAUGAGUCGGUAUUAGACACAUUGUUAUUAUAAUGAGUCAGUAUUAGACACAUUGUUAUUAUAAUGAGUCGGUAUUAGACACAUUGUUACCAUAAUGAGUCACUAUUAGACACAUUGUUAUUAUAAUGAGUCGGUAUUAGACACAUUGUUAUUAUAAUGAGUCGGUAUUAGACACAUUGUUAUUAUAAUGAGUCGGUAUUAGACACAUUGUUAUUAUAAUGAGUCGGUAUUAGACACAUUGUUACCAUAAUGAGUCAGUAUUAGACACAUUGUUAUUAUAAUGAGUCAGUAUUAGACACAUUGUUACCAUAAUGAGUCGGUAUUAGACACAUUGUUACCAUAAUGAGUCGGUAUUAGACACAUUGUUACCAUAAUGAGUCGGUAUUAGACACAUUGUUACCAUAAUGAGUCGGUAUUAGACACAUUGUUACCCUAAUGAGUCGGUAUUAGACACAUUGUUAUUAUAAUGAGUCAGUAUUAGACACAUUGUUACCAUAAUGAGUCGGUAUUAGACACAUUGUUACCCUAAUGAGUCGGUAUUAGACGCAUUGUUAUUAUAAUGAGUCGGUAUUAGACACAUUGUUACCAUAAUGAGUCGGUAUUAGACACAUUGUUACCAUAAUGAGUCGGUAUUAGACACAUUGUUACCAUAAUGAGUCGGUAUUAGACACAUUGUUACCAUAAUGAGUCGGUAUUAGACACAUUGUUAUUAUAAUGAGUCGGUAUUAGACACAUUGUUAUUAUAAUGAGUCGGUAUUAGACACAUUGUUAUUAUAAUGAGUCAGUAUUAGACACAUUGUUACCAUAAUGAGUCGGUAUUAGACACAUUGUUACCAUAAUGAGUCGGUAUUAGACACAUUGUUACCAUAAUGAGUCGGUAUUAGACACAUUGUUACCAUAAUGAGUCGGUAUUAGACACAUUGUUACCAUAAUGAGUCGGUAUUAGACACAUUGUUACCAUAAUGAGUCGGUAUUAGACACAUUGUUAUUAUAAUGAGUCAGUAUUAGACACAUUGUUAUUAUAAUGAGUCAGUAUUAGACACAUUGUUAUUAUAAUGAGUCAGUAUUAGACACAUUGUUAUUAUAAUGAGUCAGUAUUAGACACAUUGUUACCAUAAUGAGUCAGUAUUAGACACAUUGUUACCAUAAUGAGUCGGUAUUAGACACAUUGUUACCAUAAUGAGUCGGUAUUAGACACAUUGUUAUUAUAAUGAGUCGGUAUUAGACACAUUGUUACCAUAAUGAGUCGGUAUUAGACACAUUGUUACCAUAAUGAGUCGGUAUUAGACACAUUGUUACCAUAAUGAGUCGGUGUUAGACACAUUUGCCGUAACGAGUCAGUAUUAGACACAUUGGGUGAGAUUUUGGACCCAUUAGACUUUUGAGAUUUGUUCAUGAACUCAAUGUUUUGCUUAUGGAUUCUGAGAAAGUAUAUGGCAAUCAUGAUAAAUUGUAUUAGUUCGAUUUAAACGUUUGUUAUAAUGUGGCUAAAUCUAUGCCAAAGUGACCAACAAUAAGGUAAUACUUUUUCUUGUUAUUGAUAAAUAUGGCCAGAUUCAUGUUAUCACUGGUAACAUUGCAAUUUUGUGUUUUUGUUUUUCAGGGUAAGUCAGAACUUCUCUUCCCUGCCUUGGUUCCUUCAGUCUCCUCUUUCUGCUUUGGUGCCCAUGUAAGACUCGAGACCAGAGACAUGUUCAACGAAUGAGCCCUGUGGAUAUUUCUUCAGAUAGAUAUACAUUUCUGUUUUAACAUUUUCUAUUUUUUAAUUUUUUUAUGUAUGUCACACAUUUGUCUACAUCCUUCACGUUAUUCAAUGUAAUCCAACCCAAAUGACUGUACACUACAGUUUCCUUAUGAUAUAACAUCAAAUGUGCGUGCACAUUCUGUCCUUUAUUGAGAACGUAACAACUUGUGUUCAUUUGUGUAUUAAUAUAAUAAACAUACGGACUAUCAGAA